CUUUUAAUAACAAAUUAUUUCACAAGUCUUCAGUGACCUUUGUGUUUGUUUAUUGUUUUAUUUCUUUAAAUAUUUUUAUUGAGUGAAUUUGAUUCAGUUUAAAUUUAAAAUGAGAUUGUCUCUCAUUCGUAGAUGUAGACGGUUUGAUCCGUCAAAAAUGUUUGAUGAAUCGCCUGAGGAAUUGGAUAAAAUGCGAAGACGAUAUGAGUUGAGACAAAAGCUUAAAACUGAAUUUAAUCGAUUCUACUACAAUCCUUAUAAUUCAGCAUAUGGUGUUGCUUACGUGGAUCCACAAUUUGAGAGAUAUUACGCUGCCAGAUUUUACAGACUUGAUUACUGGAAGCCUACUUUUGGUUCAUUCAUUCAAUUUGUUGCUACAAUCUUCAUACCAUUUAUUAUUCUUACUAGAUUUUACCAGAAUGAAGAAGAUAUCUAUUGGGAGAAAACGCAAAGUGGUGAAUUGACUUAUAAAAAUAGGAAGCUUUACUGUUUCUUAUAUUAAACAAGUUGUACGAGUUAUUAUAUAUUUAGUAUGAGUAGUGUAAAAUAUUGAUUUAAACUCUAGUUUAAAGCUUAAAAAUAAAUUUUUGGUAAUCACUUUCGUUUUAUUUUUA